UCUGAUGGGGAGAUGCCAGGAGGCUGGAAUGCCUCCUCUGACAGCCUGGAGCUGCGAGCUGCAGGGAUUAUUGUGCCUAUCAUCUUCUCCCUCAUCUUCCUCCUGGGCACUGUGGGGAAUGGGCUGGUGCUGGCCGUGCUGCUGCGGAAUGGCCAGGUCAAGUAUAAUACCACCAACCUCUUCAUCCUUAACCUGGCCAUGGCUGACCUGUGCUUCAUCGUCUGCUGCGUCCCCUUCCAGGCCACCAUUUACACCCUGGAUGGGUGGCUCUUUGGGGCCUUUGCCUGCAAGGCUGUGCAUUUCCUGAUCUACCUCACCAUGUACGCCAGCAGCUUCACCCUGGCUGCCGUCUCCGUUGACAGGUACCUGGCCAUUCGCUAUCCGCUGAAGUCCCGGGAUCUCCGUACCUCCCGAAAUGCAGGAGUGGCCAUUGUAGCAAUCUGGUCGCUGUCACUGCUCUUCGCGGGGCCUUACCUCAGUUACUACCAGGUUGUCCAUUACCACAGGGUGCCCGUCUGCAUCCCCAUCUGGGAAGACCAGCGCCGAAAGAUUCUGGACAUCCUCACAUUUGUCUUUGGAUACCUCCUGCCUGUGACCGUGGUGAGCCUGGCAUAUGCCAGGACCAUCAAGUUCCUGUGGACCUCCGUAGACCCCAUAGAAAGGAUCUCAGAGUCCCGGAAGGCCAAGUGUAAGGUCACCAAGAUGAUUGUGGCUGUGGCCAUCCUGUUCUGCCUCUGCUGGCUGCCCCACCACCUGGUCAUCCUGUGCUUCUGGUUUGGCCACUUCCCCUUUAACCGAGCUACUUAUGCUUGCCGCCUGGCUUCCCACUGCCUUUCAUAUGCCAACUCCUGCCUCAACCCCAUUGUCUAUGCCCUCAUCUCCAAGCAUUUCCGCAAGCGUUUCAAGCAGGUCUUCACCUGCCUCUUCUUCCAGACCAAGACCAGGAAGAAGAAGAAGAGAGCUGGAAAGAAAGUCCAUGUGGUCAAUGUGCGCAAAGGUUUCACCAACAGCACCAGAGGUUUCUAUGGAGGCAACACUGAGGUGAUCCAGGUCCCAGAGGAGAACACCAGGAAGAGGGACCCUGAAGGUGCCAGUCAUGAUGCCAGAGCAUGGACUCACCAGCUACAAGAUGCCAUGGUCUCUGCGCAGAAGGAGCUGCUGGAGGAGGAAAGUUUGGCAACAGCUGGCCAUCCCCUAGCCAUGACCCCUCCAAGAGGAACUGAGGAGUUUCUGACUGUUCAUUACAGAUGA